AUGACAGCAAAAGAAUAUAUUAACAUUAAUGAUAAUGUAAUAACUGGAGGAGGCCUAAUAGAUAAAGAAAUUGUGGAAAUAAUAUGCCCUCCUAAUGAAGAAUCUGAAGAACUUAAUAAGAAAAUAACAGUUCGACCUAUUGUAUCAGUUAAAGAAGUGUUAGGUGUUAGUAAUGCAAUAGAAUUUUUGAUAAAUCCUUCUGAGGAUUUUGCUUUUAAUGUUAAAAUAAUAUUAGAAUUGUGUAAA